AUGAGAGACUUUCUGCAACUUGGUCCUGCCUCCAUGGGAAUCGAUCCUUCAGCAACGUUGGCAUCUCUCUUCACCGACAAUUCUUGGCGUCUUCCUCCAGCACGAUCUGAAAGACAGGUUCAAUUACACGCUCACUUAACUACCAUCAUUCUGAAUAAUGAUGAUGAUUUCUACGAAUGGGUAAUUAAUGGAAAACUGGAAACAAAAUUUUCUAUUGGGAGUGUGUAUAAUAACCUUCGAGUGCAGGGGCCGUGUCCAACAAGAGACAGAAUCAUCGGCUGGGGGCUUCGAACUUCGCCUCUGUGCCUGCUCUGUAAUUCUGCUCCGGAAAGCAGGGACCAUCUUUAUUUUGACUGUCCGUUUUCAUGGAGCUUAUGGAGUACGCUUGCGCCCCGCUCUGGUCUUGAUCCUGCAAGGUCAUGGUCAUCGGUUUUGGCUCAACUAGGAUCUCUGAGCCCUCAGACGCCGAGAAGGAGGCUUGCCUUGCUUUGCUGGCAGGUUUGUCUCUAUUGGAUUUGGAUGGAAAGAAACGCUAGACUGCACCGAAAUAUCUUCCGAUCGGUGGACACCAUCUCUCGCUUAAUUGAUAGGCAGAUCAAAGACCGUCUCCUGAGCUUUAGGUCUUUGAAUCCUGCUGCUUCCUCCACCAUGAUGCAACAGUGGCUCUCCUAA